AUGGCGACGCGCCACUCUGACUACGAUCGUAGGCGCCAUUCCCCGCGCCGCGACCGCGAACGCGGAGAUCGUGGAGACCGCUAUGGCGAAGGCCGCUUCAGAGACGACCGUGACCGCCGAGACCGCCGCGAUGACCGUCGAGAGCCUGACCGUCGAGACCGCGACCGCGGCGACACGUACCGUCGACGUUCGCGCUCCCCGCCUCGCCGCCGCGACCGAUCCCGUGACCGAGGAGACCGUGCCGACCGUGGAGACAGCUACAGGCGCGACCGCGACGGUGAUAGAGACCGGCGUCGCCGCUCAACCUCCCGCCGCCCUGGUUCCCGUUCAUCUGCUACACCUGCACCUGGCUCAGACAGCUGGAGGCGCGAUGACGGCAGACGCGACGACAGCAGGCGCGAUCGGCUAGAUCACUCCUCGCGCGACGACAGGAAGAAAGACCCCGAGACCCAAGCCAAGGACAAGCUUGCAGACCGCGCUGCGAAGCUGGCUGAGUGGAAGAAGCUCAAUGCCGAGCGCCUGCUCAAAGAGAAAACCGACACACCCGGCUCCGGUACUUCGCCAGCUGCCACUGCACCUGCGACCCCGUCAGUCACUGCGACGCCCCCGCCAGCUCCGGCAUCUGAGGCCAAGCUUGUUGAUACCGCUAAGACCAAAGUCAUUCCGCAGAAGAGUGCUACUGAGAAAGUCAAGCAGAAGCAGCCCGAGAAGUCGACCUUCAGACUGGAUGCUUCCGCCGCAGCCCGUCCUCUAGACAUGGCCAAGCCUGCAGGCAAGACUGUCACCAACGCUAGCAACGUUCCCAUUGUUAAGGGCAAUGGUAACAUUGGCUCGUUCGGUCUCAAGACCAAGACUGCUGCUGAGACUGAGGAAGAGAAUUCCAGAAAGGCAUUGCUCGACGAGGAAGGCCCGACCCGCAAGCGCAAGCUACAGGCUCUCCCCGAAUUCGACGCCAACGAGGCACCCUCGCUCGAAGCCGACGGCGACGCCGACUCUCCAAUGAGUGACAUCGGCAGUGAUGACGAGAACAACGCGGAGCUUCAAGCUCGCCUUGAGAAGCGUCGCGCUGAGAUCGCCAACGAGAACCAAGAGGACACUGCCAUGGAAGAGGCAACUGCUGUCGAAGCCCCUGCCGACGACAAGAUGGAAGUUGACGAAAAUGCAGGCGCCGAAGAAGAUGACGUCGAUCCUCUUGAUGCCUUCAUGGCCGAUCUCACUGAGCCACAACCAAGCCGCGGAGCUCCUUCGGGUCAGACUAUGUUUGCUGACGAGCUUGAGACUGUCGAGACUUCCGUCGAACAUGAGGACCUUAACGAACUUCGCGCUGCCAAGAAAAAGAAGAAGAAGGAGGUGCCUACCGUCAACCACGAUAAAGUUGAGUACGAACCGUUUAGGAAAGACUUCUACACUGAGCCCUCCGAAGUUGCACAGAUGACACCUGAGGAGGUCGCAGAUCUUCGCCACGAGCUCGACGGCAUCAAAGUCAAGCCUGAUGACGUUCCCCGUCCUGUUACCAAGUGGGCGCAGAUGGGCCUGCUGCAAGCUACCAUGGACGUCUUCACCAAGAUCGGCUACGAGAGGCCUACAGGUAUCCAGUCCCAAGGUGUACCCGCUAUUCUAUCUGGCCGAGAUCUCAUCGGAGUCGCCAAGACCGGUUCUGGAAAGACACUUGCAUUCGGUAUCCCUAUGAUUCGUCAUGUCCUUGAUCAGCGCCCACUGAAACCAACUGAUGGGCCUAUCGGACUGAUUCUCGCCCCAACCCGAGAGCUAGCACUGCAGAUUGUCAACGAGCUCAAGCCAUUCCUUGCAGCAUCGGGUGUUACCAUCAAGUGUGCCUAUGGUGGCCAGCCUAUCUCUGAACAAAUUGCUAUGAUCAAGCGUGGUGGCAUCCACAUCCUAUGUGCAACUCCCGGCAGAAUGAUUGACCUGACCAACGUCAACCAAGGCCGAGUGCUUUCUUUCCGCCGCAUCACUUACGUUGUCCUUGAUGAAGCUGAUCGCAUGUUCGAUAUGGGCUUCGAGCCUCAAGUCAUGAAGAUUCUUGCCAAUGUACGUCCUGAUCGCCAAACUGUCCUCUUCUCAGCAACUAUGCCCAAGAACAUGCAAUCCUUGGCUCGCAAAGCACUGCACAACCCAGCCGAGAUCACAAUUGGUGGUAAGAGCAAAGUAGCUCCCGAGAUUACUCAGAUCAUCUCUGUCGUACCGAACAGUUAUGAGAAGAAGAUCAACAAGACUCUGCUGUAUCUUGGUCAGUUGUUCUCUGAAGACGAGAAUGCCCAGGUAUUGAUCUUCACUGAGCGGCAAGAGACAGCCGAAGAUCUUCUGUCCAAGCUUUACAAGUCUAAGUAUUUCUCUGUCAACACGAUUCACGGAGCUAAAGAUCAGACUGAUCGUAACGAAGCGAUCAACGACUUCAAGCAAGGUGUUCUUUCGAUUCUCAUUGCCACAUCUGUAGCCGCCCGUGGUCUUGAUGUCCCUGGCCUGGCUAUGGUCUUGAACUUUGAUUCGCCAACCCAUCUAGAAGAUUACGUGCACCGCUGCGGACGUACCGGCCGUGCUGGCAACAAAGGUACCGCUGUUACGCUUAUCGAGAACCCCGGUCAAGAGCGCUUCGCUCUUCACAUCGUCAAGGCACUCAAGGAGAGCGGUACAGAAGUGCCUCCAGAGCUCCAGGAGAUGGCUAACACAUUCCAUGAGAAGGCCAAGGCAGGUACCGAGAAGUACUAUGGCGGUUUCGGUGGCAAGGGUCUCGACAAACUCGAUGCAGCACGCGCACUUGAGAAGAAGCGCGAGAAGCGUCAACUUAAGCUGGAAGGUGUUGACGAGAGUGAAGACGAAGAAGAGAUUGCACCACUCAUCAAGAAGCCCGAGGUCGCUGGCCCAGCUGGUGUUGGUAACGCUUCUGGUCCUGCUGCAGCUGCCGAGGAAGAUCAACCACACUGGAUGAAGCUACUGAACAGCAAGAUCGUGGUCAGCAAGACUGAGCGUCCCGACGCUGCCGCUUCUGGCAAGCCGAUGACCGCCCGCGAGCGAGCCAUGGCCGCUGCCUCCAAGGUCGAUGGAAGGCUGAGCAAGAAGGGUAUGAUCCACGCGGGUCAGCCCAUCGACAACAAGGGCCCCGAUGCUGGUCUCUACCACUCUACCAUCGAGAUCAACGACUUUCCUCAGAAGGCUCGAUGGGCCGUCACCAACCGCACCAACGUCGCCAAGAUUCUGGAGCAGACUGGUGUUUCCAUCACGACCAAGGGCAACUACUACCCAGCUCCUAAGCAGCCUGGUGAGAACGAUCUACCCAAGUUGUACAUUCUCGUCGAGGGUGACACCGAGAACAUUGUCACUCAGGCUAUGAUGGAGCUCACUCGUCUUCUGCGCGAGGGAACCAUUGCGGCUGAGGAUGCCUCUGCGACUCGUGGUCCUACCGGCCGUUACAGUGUGGUAUGA